AUGUCUGCAACUCUGGAUAAAGAUUUUCUGUACAAAUAUUUUACAAAAGACUCAAACCUUAGAUGUGGUAGCUUAGAAGUGGAGGGACGGGGCUUUCCCAUUCAAGACUUCUACCUCGACGACGAUGUUGAAAACUAUGGUCAAGCAGCAGUCGCAAAAGCUGCUAAAAUUCAUCAAAGUGACGAGACUGGUGACAUACUUGUCUUUCUCACCGGCGAAAUGGAAAUUGAUUUAGCUAUCAAUGAACUAAAUCAAAAGCUUGGCAAAGACGAGUCGUACUUAGCUCUACCAUUACAUGGGAAACUUACUGAAGAGGAGACUAAACUGUGCUAUCAUCUAUACACAGUAGCAACAUACCAAUCGUUGGAAGAUUGUUCACGCGCAGAAAUAUUGUGUACUCAACCAACACUUGCAAUUUUAAAAUUAAAGUAUUUAGGAGUUGAUGAUGCAAAACACUUCGAAUGGCUCGAACCACCUCUAUCAUUAAGUCUCGGUGAAGCUACUCAAACUCUAACUUAUCUAAAUGCUCUGAAUGAUCAAGGCAGAUUAACAGAUCUUGGAGAGAACAUGGCGCACCUUGGUAUUGAUCCAAAACUGACAGCUAUGCUCUACAAAGCCAUAGAAUUAAAAUGUUUGGAUCACAUGUUGAUUAUGGCAGGUAUGCUGUCCGUAUCACAAAAUAUUUGGUGGAGAUGUAAAGGCGAGGAGGACAAACGUCGUGCAGAACGAGCUCGAGCGAAACUCAGUAAUGAGAACAGUGAUCACAUAACCCUGUUAAAUGUCUAUUUCAGAUGGCGAGAUGAACGUAAUCGACAGCAGCAAUUUAAAUGGUGUGAAGAGAAUUUUGUAAAUGCAAAAAGUAUAAACAUUGCGGAUGAUUUUAUGAAAGAGGUUGCGAAACAAAUGAAUCAUGAAAUAACAGUUGAUGGAGAACUGAACCAAGAUUUGAUCAACCGAAUCCUACGAUGCGUUGUAGCUGGCCACUUUCAGAACUUAGCUGUGUCCAAUGGUCCACUACGAGCUGGAUAUCGAGUGAUUCAUUCAGACCCCUUCAUAUUACAAAAACCGUUGACUGCACGUGUGUCGCAUUACUCAGCACCAUCAUUAAACGGAGCAACACCGAAAUACGUACUUUACAAUGAACUGGUGAAUCUGAACGGAAUUAACUACGUAAUGACCUUAUCUGAAGUUGAUAUCAAGCUGUUGGGUUCGGCGUCGGAACAAUGGUUUAGGGAUGCAAAAAUUGACAAUUUACACCGAAUUGUGUACGAAAGCUACACAUUCACACCCGCUACAGUUAAAUGGGCGUUAUUAAGAUCAGUUCUAGGAAAGCGUUACUGUAAACUUAAUAUGAUCAAUGAUAUCAUUCAAGGUGUAGUUGAUGUCAAUUAUAUUGAAAAACAGUUGACGAUCUGGUGUGAACAAGACAAUUUGGUUGCCGCGAAAAAAAUUGUUCAAGAAAUGUUUAAGUGCGAGGAGCGAAAGUUAUCAGACGAACGAGAAGAAAUUCAAAUUGCAGGCAGAACACGUAUCGUGAUGGGAAAAGGUGGACAUUGUAAAAUGAUUCUAGUCGAAGAUGAAUUUAUUCGAAUUAUCAUGAAAAAGUUACCAGGUGCAAUGACCGAAAAAUCAAUCAAAGAGAAAUGUGAAACAGUUGGAGAGAUUAAGAUUUAUGACAUAUCUAUUUUACAACAAACAAGCAGCGGCAUUACUGCAGCCGUUACUUAUGCCACGCCAAAAGAAGCGAAAAGGGCCUAUGGCAAACUCGCCAGUCUCAUGAUGGCCGAUUGUGAAAUAUCCAUUGGCGUCACCUGUCAUGAAUCUGACGCCUUUGUUGGUAGUCAAAAUACUUAUCUGAAAGCAGUUUGGUAUAUGACUCCGUCCACUGGUAAUGGACGAAUUGUUUUCACCAAUGAAAAAAGUGCAAAUGAUGCAUGUGAUCUGUUCUCAAAAAAGUUGCACUGUCGAUGUGUUUAUCAAGGUCCAACACAUUUGCCCAGGAUAAAAAUUAUUUACUAUCGUGGAAGCAACACGAAAAAAGGUGAAGCUAUCGUGAAAUUUCAAACAUAUGAAGAAGCUAAAUUCGCUGUUAAACAAAUGACUAAUACUCAGCUGGGAACUGCUAAAAUAAUUUGUGCCAUAGGGAAAGAUAGCAAGGAUGCGCCACUUAUUCAAGUCAAAGGCUUACCGCCUAAUGCAGAUGAAGAAGAUGUUCGCAAGCACUUUCAGUCAUGUGCCUGUGCCAUUGAUGUAACCGUAAAGCGGAAUCAAAACUGGGGCGCGUUUGACGAAGAUCAUGAAAAAGAUCAGCUAAGAAAACUAUUUCAAGGUGAAAAAUAUCAAUCAUUUCUUGAAUUGUAUCUUUCAGUUGGGCUUCAUCUGAAAAUUCGCCGUAUGCUUCAAUUCUACCAUCGCCAA